CCUCACCAAAAAUUGACAGACAAUACCCCCAUAACAAAAGGAGGAGAAGUCGUAAUAAGGAUGCAUUUUGCUUCACGCCAUUAUUAUAUGUCCUUUCAUUGGCUUCCCAUAUCGGGGCUCGGUGUAUUGUGACCAAACACUCAGUUAAAACAGGGCGACACCAGCCGUAUACAAAAGUGGCAGCUUUGCUGGAGUGGGAGCAUAAUUAUUUUGUAGGAGAGAUUUUAUUAAUUUGCGCGAUAGCCAAUGGGUAACUGUCGCCGAGAUCUCGCUGACAAGCUUAAUGAAUUUCGGUGUGUCUCCUGAUGAUCAUCAAUUACCCUUCUCGAUGUUUGGCAAGGUUUUUCUUGGAUGGAACGGAAUUCCUUGGAGGACGUUUGACUUGACAUUUCGAGAACCUCGUGACGUGUGACUAUGCAGGUCAAGUGAAACGGAUACUGACAUAAGAGGAGAUUGAUACCAGGGUUUUGGAGGAUAACCCGAGAUGAACAGAUCAGAAAUCGGAUACUCCUUGAAACUUCUUUCGAGUUCCGGUAUCUCCUGAACUGCACUGCUGGACUUACACAUUAAACUGGAGUUCGAUCGGCAAUAGUUAUUCGUUUCCCUGAUUAUUGAUAUGUUAUGCUUGUGAUGACAUUUCGCAGCCUAAUGGUGACUGAUCAUAAUUGCUAUUUUGGAAUGUGGUUCACAGUGAUAUGGAGAAAAUGUUACAUUAAUGUGCAAUGAUGUGAUGACAAAGAUUGUAUUGUGGAGCAAGGGGUAAUCAUGGGUUCUAAAGGUGAGAAGAAAUCUGGUUUAGUGGGGGAGAAGUCCCACUCUGUGUACUCCGCCAACUGGAAGCUGGAUGCGAUGCUGGAUAAAGAAUUGAAUAUGUUGGAUACCUCUAAGCAUAGAGUUGAACAUCGGAUCUCGAUGGACCAAGUGGUCGCUCAAAAACGCUUCCAGGUGAAGCUUCACCAUUCCAAGGUCUUCCACGCCAGGAUGAGGGGUGACCGGGAGAUGCUCAAGAAACUCAUCACCAAGGAUAACUAUGAUUUCAACACAAACACCACAUCUGUCGAUGUCCUCAAUAAACGCCGAGAGAAGGACCUGGCCAAGAAGCGAGUGCUUCAUCGCCAGUCACAGGAAAAGAUGAUGACUUUUCGAAAUGUGACUCCGACACCUGCACCGUCGGCAAAGAUUCCUGACCUGCCAGGCGAGGAAACUCAAGAGUCAAAAGCCGAGGGUCCGACAGGCUCAACCAUUCGACCGAUGACUGCCAUCGAAAGGAUAACUCAUGCUAAGCUAUUAACCAUCGGGCAGGGCACUAAGAUUCGACCCAGGACAGCCGGUGUUGACAGAACUAGACCUAGGACAGUGUUACCGAGUACAACAAAGAGAUUUACCCCUCUUAGCACCUCAGAAGUCGCGGACAGAAUACGAUCGAUUCCUGAGGAUAACCUUAAAUAUGUCAAAGGAGGUAGGAAAGACCACUUGAAUGGUACUCAAAAGAGUAUUACACAUGAUAAGAAUAAGUCGCAAGAAAUUAUAAUAGAAAUAACGAAAGCGGAUGAUGAUGGUGAUAAUGCACCGAAAAGUGAGGUUAACCAGGAGGAUGAAAACAAUAAUAAAAACAUUUCUGAAUCAAGCACGGAUCCCGUCGAAACAACUCAUUGUGACAGAACUUCUCCAGAAAUAGUCAAGACUGACGUCGAAAAUGGUCCAACUAAAGAUUCUGGAAGUGAAUCGAAAAUCGCGCUGAAGAAAUCAAUCUUGAGACCAAAAACUGCCAUUAGCACAAGCUCCAGAUCAGAAAAAGGAAGAACAUCUGCCAAACCUGCAAGACCUAGGACAUCUUUAAAGGUAUCCGAAGGCAAUCCUAGUGAUCAAUCCGACAACGAGUCCACUUCGAGCGGUAACCAUCGGCGGAGAUCAAUAUCAUCGAGCACGGGACGUAGCAAGUCUGCGGCUGCGAAGUCAAAACGGAAGAAGAGCGCGGUGAGUAUUUUCAGCGAUGAGAAGUCUCUUACGAUCAUGGACAUCGACGGAGCAAGGCACCAGCGCGCCCAACACGGAGCGAGGAUCCAGGAGUACGUCAACAGUCUUGUUAGCGUUAAGACAGAUCCCGAUGAGUUCGUUGAUUACUACAUGGCACGGCUUCUCGAGGAAUCCUCGAUUUCAGGUACACAGAAGAACGUCGAGCGGAUAAGGGACAUGCCGGACUCCGACUACGACGUCGACCUCGCAAGGCGGAGUAUGGGGAACCUGAAGGCGAACACGAUCACCUUUCGUGACGUCAAUCGGAAUUAUGACGAUUACGAGCAUGAUCCGUACACCCCGCUUCAUCCGACAUCAAUGGCUUAUGGAUUGGCGUCAAGGGCCAGUGGGAUCGCUCAACAUGAUAGUCUUAUCUCCAUUCCAACGUCAGCAUGGCAGGGUAAUGAUUCCGAUACAGACUCGGACUAAAUAUAGGUCUCAUGGAAAUAGAUUAAUCGUUCCUUAUGGUCACGAAACCUUCACUUGUGCAUUCCUUUUCAUUUUUUUUACAUGCUUUACUUCUUUGGAUAUUCUCCAAUUGGUCCGUGUUUAAGUUUGGCUAUAGCAAUGAUACUGGCAAUUUAUUCAUUAUACGUUUCAUAUGCAAACUCUGAAUAAGAAAUUACCGUCUCCAAAAUGAGACAAUAAAAAUAAUUGGGUACAUGUAUGAAGAGGACAAUCACCAUUCAUCCUUGAAAUCUUCACUCAAUCUGCAUGUUAUUUAAAUCUUAUAGAGCAUAAAUUCUGACCCAUUGUGCCUAGAAGCCCUUAAAAGUUUACUCAUUUAUCUUAUGUGUAUUUUUUCAGUCUGCUUUACACGCAUGACCAACAAAGAUGCUCUCAAAUGAAGACUUUCAAAUGCCGUAAUCCCCUUUUGCCUUCCUUUCCGAGCAAAAAAAUGGUUAUGAUUGCCAUUAUACAUGGUACACAUGUUGUGCAGAGAUUACAAAUUACGACAUACACGGUAUUAAAAGUAUAGUCAAAUAUUUACCGUUGUCAUAGUGAUAGCAACAGCAAGAGAAAGAUUGUGUUUAGCUUCAAGCGACAAUUGAAAAGUAUAUAUACUUUGCACGUUUACAUUUAUCAUGUUGAUGAUGGAUUUAUAUUUCAAAGCAAUAUUGAUUAUCAACAACUCUGUUUGAUUAUGUCGAGCAUAUACCUGAUUUCAUAUUUGUCUAAUGUUAAGAAGGUGUGAAAAAACGGACUCUGAUCAGACGACACUGAUUAUCGAUAUGAUUAUAUGAUUAUUGACUAUUGGCCUAUUGUAAAAUUGGCAAAUGUAAUUGAUUAAAUCAAUCUAGUAGGUUACAUAUUCGUGUUACAUCUAUAUGAUCAAUAAUAUUGGUUAAGUAACAAUGAAAAUAUAUUUGAUAACGUUUAUAGAUCGUAUCGAUCCAUGGGUUAAUAUCUAGAUAUAACUGUGAGAUAGGUCUACGUUGUAAUUAUUACUAAGUAAUAAGUCUUAUUCCUGAGUCAUGUUAAGAGACGGUAUUUAAGGGAAAAUUAAUCAAAAAUGCCCCUUCAAGCACUUAUUGUCAUUAUUGCAUAAGUCAAUGUAUUACAGCCAGGAAAUCACGAUUGCCUCCUAAUGAAU